AAGUGGCCCGUCUCUGCUAAAUUUUCUCUGAUAAUAUCCGGGUCAUUUUCGCACCGCGCUGUUCCGCUGCUAAGAUGCCGAAGUUUUAUUGCGACUAUUGUGACACAUACCUGACGCACGACUCCCCUUCAGUCAGAAAGACACACUGCAGCGGGCGUAAACAUAAAGAAAAUGUGAAAGAUUAUUAUCAGAAAUGGAUGGAGGAGCAGGCCCAGAGUCUCAUUGACAAAACAACGGCCGCAUUCCAGCAGGGUAAAAUUCCACCCACCCCGUUUCCCGGAGCCCCUCCACCUGGUGCAUCUCUGCUACCUCAUCCAAAUAUUAGUGGACCUCCGAGACCAGGCAUGCUACCAGCUCCACCAAUGGGUGGUCCUCCUAUGAUGCCCAUGAUGGGUCCACCACCUCACGGCAUGAUCCCAGGAGGACCCGGUCCAGGUAUGCGGCCACCAAUGGGUGGACCUAUGCAAAUGAUGCCCGGGCCACAUAUGAUGCGACCUCCCUCUCGGCCAAUGAUGCUGACCAUUAGACCUGGUAUGGUGCGACCUGAUCGAUAAAACCACAGUGCCAUGAUUUCACAUGUUCUCUGCCGAAAUUCACUGGUCAAAGACUCGGCCAAAUAACUACACUGGUUUUACAGUAGAUUUAAAAGUUUUAUUGCCCAUUUUUGUUUUGAAAUGACUUCUGUUUGUGCCUCCAAAUACACAGGUGAUGUCAGACCUUUGUUUUAACAUCAUUUUAUUUCCCUCCAACUACAUGAAAAUGGUUAAACUCAUCAAUGAAACUUCCAUUGGCGUAGACGACAUAUUUAUGACAGUCCUGAAGAUGUUACGUAAUGAAUUUGUGUAUGAUGUGCAUUUAUUACACGUUGAAGUUUAUUACAUUUUUAUUUCACAUUUGGGUUGUUUGUUAGCAUUUU